CUCCCGAGGAGUGAGGAGAAAGCAGCACGUAGCCUCGGCAGGUCCCAGAAGUGCAGGAGGGCAACUGUCCCAGCCCUGCCCACAGGGCGCUAGAGGGUCAGAAAGGACCCGCCCUUCCCCGACUGGGGCCCAACAGGGCGAAGGUUGUCCUCAAGGCCACGUGAGGCUUCCUCGCCUCUAAAAGCCCCAAACAGGCCGGGCUCAUGAGAGAGGAAAGUUAAGGACGCCCCAAACUCUGCAUCGCUGCGCCCCGCUACCGGCCGCAGAACCGCUCUGCCAACAGCCGCCUGGUCCAGCCGAGCGGAGAUCGCGGCCGCCGAGCGAUGUCCCGCCGCAGCCCGGACGGGAGCCCCGGGCUGCCCUCGCCGCCGGCCCCGCUGCUGCUGCUGCUGCUGCUGCUGCUGGCCGCCGUGGUGCCGCCGGGCCUGGCAGGGGUCUACUAUGCAACUGCAUACUGGAUGCCUACUGAGAAGACAAUACAAGUCAAAAACGUCCUAGACAGGAAUGGGGAUGCCUAUGGCUUUUACAAUAACUCUGUGAAAACCACAGGCUGGGGCAUCCUGGAGAUCAGAGCGGGGUACGGUUCUCAAUCCCUGAGCAACGAGAUCGUCAUGUUUGCAGCCGGCUUUUUGGAGGGUUACCUCACUGCCCCACAUAUGUAUGACCACUUCACAAACCUCUACCCACAGCUGAUUAAGAAACAUUCCGUGGUGGAUAAAGUACAGGAGUUUUUAAAGAAGCAAGAUCAGUGGGCCCGGGAUAACAUCAAAAAUAACAAGGAUGACCCAUUUUGGAGACACACAGGCUAUGUUAUGGCACAAAUGGAUGGGCUGUAUGUAGGGGCAACGAAGAGGGCUAUAGUAGAAGGAACAAAGCCCAUAACCCUGUUCCAGAUUCAGUUCCUGAAUGCUGUUGGAGAUCUGCUGGACCAGAUUCCCACACUUUCUCCCACAAAAAACUCCGGCCUGGAGGUUUUUAAGAGAUGGGACAUGGGACAUUGCUCUGCUCUCAUUAAGGUUCUUCCUGGAUUUGAGAACAUCUUUUUUGCUCACUCAAGCUGGUACACGUAUGCUGCCAUGCUCAGGAUAUAUAAACACUGGGACUUCAACAUCAUUGAUAAAGACACCAGCAGUAGUCGCCUCUCUUUCAGCAGUUACCCAGGGUUUUUGGAGUCUCUGGACGACUUUUACCUUCUCAGCAGUGGUUUGGUAUUGCUGCAGACUACAAACAGCGUGUAUAAUAAAACCCUACUGCAGCACGUGGUACCCCAGUCUCUCCUGGCCUGGCAAAGAGUCCGGGUGGCCAAUAUGAUGGCAAAUGGAGGCAAGCAGUGGGCAGAGGUCUUUUCAAAAUACAACUCUGGCACGUAUAACAAUCAGUACAUGGUCCUGGACCUGAAGAAGGUAAAUCUGAACUACAGCCUUGAUAAAGGCACUCUGUACAUUGUGGAGCAAAUUCCUACGUAUGUAGAAUAUUCUGAACAAACCGAUGUUCUGCGGACAGGAUACUGGUCCUCCUACAACAUUCCUUUCCAUGAAAAAAUCUACAACUGGAGCGGCUAUCCAGUGUUGGUUAAGAAGCUGGGUUCGGACUACUCUUACCAUCUGGCUUCACGAGCCAAAAUCUUCCGGCGCGACCAAGGGAAAGUGACCGACAUGGAAUCCAUGAAAUAUAUCAUGCGAUACAACAAUUACAAGAACGAUACUUACAGUAAGGGUGAUCCCUGCAAUACCAUCUGCUGCCGUGAGGACCUGAACUCACUUAAUCCAAGUCCUGGAGGUUGCUAUGACACCAAGGUGGCAGACAUCUACCUGGCAUCCAAGUACACAGCCUAUGCCAUCAGUGGGCCCACAGUACAAGGCGGCCUCCCUGUUUUUCACUGGAGCCGUUUCAACAAAACUCUCCAUGAGGGCAUGCCAGAGGCCUACAACUUUGAUUUUAUUACCAUGAAACCAAUUUUGUAACUUGACAUAAAAAGGAGGGAGAUGAGACACCAAGGGCACUAUUUUAACUAUGUUUUCCCAUUCAGAAUUAGUCUUAAUAAAAUAUAUUCAAUCCAGGCUAUCA